CCCCGUCUGAUUAUUUUCUCCUUUCUCCUGGUCCCUCCUCCUCCUGGCUGUGGUCAGCUCAGGGAGCCCCGUCUGACUCCUGCUCUCCAUCCCUCUCUCCUCCUCUCCGAGGUCAGUCCGGGGAGCCCCCCGUCCCUCCUCCUCCUGUUCCUGGCAGUGGUCAGCCCGCGGCCGCCCCGUCUGAUCCCUCCUCUCCAUCCCUUCUCCUCGCCCUGGUCAGUCCGGGUGGCUCCGUCCUCUCUUUCCCUCCGCCCCUUGCACCCUCUCGCCCCCUCCCACGAUGUUCGGCUUCUUCGGAAGGAAGCGCCUCCGGAAGCGCCCCUGCUUGGAGCUCGGGGCUCCAGGCCCCUUGGGGUGCGCUCCUCCUCCGCCGGCCCCUGGGCGUGAGGGCGUGGCCGGGGCGUGGCCAGGGCGGGGCGUGUGUCCGCAGCCGGGGCCUGGCAAGAUGGCGGCGGUGGCAGCUGUGCUGGGGGCGGAGGAGCCCGAGCUGUGCCUGGAGCUGCUGCCCACCGACCCCCUGCUGCUCAUCUUCUCCUUCCUGGACUAUCAGGACCUCAUCAGCUGCAGCUGUGUCAGCCGACGAUUAAACCAGCUAUCAAACCAUGAUCCUCUCUGGAGAAGACAUUGUAAGAAGUAUUGGCUUUUGUCAGAGGCAGAAAAAAUGCAGAAGAACAAAAAUUGGAAAACUCUCUUCAAAGACACUUAUAUUGACCUGGGAAGAUACAUUCAACAUUAUGCUACUCUUAAGAAAGCCUGGGAUGACCUGGAAAGAUACUUGGGACAGAGGUGUCCUAGGAUGAUCGGAUCUCUGAAAGAUAGUGUGGAGGAGCGUGAGCUGGAUGCUGUGGAAGCGCAGAUUGGGUGCAAGCUUCCCAAUGACUAUCGAUGCUCCUUUCGGAUCCACAAUGGGCAGAAGUUGGUGGUUCCUGGGUUGAUGGGAAGCAUGGCCCUCUCCAAUCACUACCGCUCUGAGGAUUUGCUGGACAUCGACACGGCUGCUGGCGGAUUCCAGCAGAGGCAGGGCCUGAAGCAGUGUCUGCCGCUCACUUUCUGCAUACACACUGGGCUGAGUCAGUAUAUGGCGCUGGAAAGCGUAGAAGGCCGAAACAAGUAUGAGAUCUUCUAUCAGUGUCCAGACCAGAUGGCUCGGAAUCCAUCAGCAAUUGAUAUGUUUAUUACAGGUGCUUCUUAUUCGGAAUGGUUUACCUCUUACGUGCACAAUGUGGUAACCGGGGGCUACCCUAUCAUCAGAGACCAGAUUUUCAGGUAUGUUCACGAUAAGGGAUGUGUGGCAACAACUGGAGACAUCACGGUGUCGGUGUCCACGUCAUUUCUCCCAGAACUUAGUUCUGUUCAUCCGCCUCACUAUUUCUUCACUUAUCGCAUCAGGAUUGAGAUGUCUAAAGAUGCUCUUCCUGAGAAGACUUGUCAGUUAGACAGUAGAUACUGGAGAAUCACCAACGCCAAAGGUGAAAUCGAAGAGGUUCAGGGGCCUGGAGUGGUGGGAGAGUUUCCCAUCCUCAGCCCUGGCCGGGUCUAUGAGUACACCAGCUGUACCACCUUCUCCACCACAUCAGGAUACAUGGAAGGACAUUAUACCUUUCAUCUCCUUUACUACAAGGACAGGAUAUUCAACGUGGCCAUUCCCAGAUUCCAUAUGGUGUGUCCCACCUUCAAGGUCUCCACAACCCCAAGGGAGACCAGCCAUGAGGAAUGUUCUGUGAUCGAGGAAGACGAAGAAGAAGAAGAAGAUUCUACAGAUUCUGACGACUAUGAUGGGCCCAGACUCGUCAACUACUCUCCGGCCCCAAGCCACUGUCCUCGGCACACCUGAGCACCCAGGUGUUUCCGAAGAGUGUAAAUAAAUAACAGGGCUGUUCCAGUCACAUCUAUCUCCGGGCGGCAAGCCAGCAGUGGGCCAACCUGUGGUUUCUACCAGACAUUUAUCUUAGGAGUUGGUUUGGGUUUUUUGUGUUUUCUGUAAGACAGGAGGGGAAAGGAAGGCUUCUUUUUUUUUUCCUUUUGUCAAAUGGGAAAUUUGUUCUCAAGCUGUGGGGCUAGUAUUACUGCCUCGUUAAAGUAUUUCAUAUUUGUAAUAUUUACAGAAGCUGGGUGUGUGUGGGGGGAGGCGGGGAGGGUUGUUUUUAUACAUUGCAAAUGUAGCAGCAUUAGAAAGGGUAGAAGUGCAGAUCUGUAAGAGCCGCCAUCUUCAGUCCUUGGCUUAUCAUUUCCUGCCAUUGUGAGUUGUAUACAGAGGAAACACUUGCAAUUAGGCCUUUUUAGCCCGGAAAUCCUAUUUGAGAGGGUCCUCUCUGUGUAUUUCCACCAGAGACACCAGGGACCCUUCAUGGUUGACUUCAGUGACCGGGAACUAAAAAUGGUCUUUCUCCCCUUGAAGACAAUCCAUCCUUGAAUUUAAUUUUAGAUGACAAAAUCCUUACCAUUGCAGUCAUUUUAGAAUGUGUGGUAUAUUAAAGCAUAUGCUGUGUUGUUCACUGCUAACUGGAGCAAUCUUGGCAAUGACCCCCAUAGUAUAUACAUUUGUAAAUACGAUUUCUGGUUUUUUCUGCUUUAUACACUGUCUUAACUUUGUGAUAAGUGACAUGAAUUUUAUGUUAAGCUAAAUUUGUUUUCCUGAAACAUGGGUUUUUUGUAAUUAUCAGAUUCUGAAUUUGGAAUGAAAUCUUGCAGGUGUUUAAAAUCACAUAUUUAAAAGUAACUUGGGUUUUGAUCUCAUCUGUUUAAUAUCACAUUCAAAAAUUUUCCUGUUUCUGUAAAUUGACGUUACUUAGCAUUGUCUUUGCUUGUUUGAAGCAGAGGUUGGUCAGCAUUGCUGCUGGAGUGCAGCAGGCCCCAUUCCUGGGUUAUUUGGGUUGGGACCAUUCUGUGGGGUGUGUUUUCUAGCUCGUGCUCUAGCGAGAGCGUGCGCGGGCACACACACACACACACACAAGUUCCUUUGUUAGGCUGCAUAAAAGGGCAUGAAAGCAAAAUUCCUGGCUCUUGACCUCCCUCUGGGGCCUGGUCUGCAUCUCCCCAGCAGACCUGUGCUCCCAAUCACCUAGCCUCUUCUCAGCCUGGCUACCAAGUGGCGUGACCUUGGGCCAGUCAGACCCUUCUCUGGUGCUUUGGUUUCCUCUGUAAAAGGAGGGCUUUGGCUGCAUGUGCUCUUCUCAAUCCUGUGAGCCUGUUAACCUCAGACAUGUACCGUGUGUAGAGUUCAUUUCCCAAAAGGGCAUUUUGCCUGUUGACGUUUAGAAGACCUGGUUUCUGUCCUCAAAGAUCUUGCUAUUAUAAUAAACAGACUGGGCUCUUAAGUUUCCA